GUCACCUCUAUAAACAAAGUGGACUGGUCUUGAUGACGUCAGAGUGUUGAGCGUACACCAGCACGCGACAUGAACGCGCCGCCGACUUUUGAGUCGUUUCUGCUUUUUGAAGGUGAAAAGAAAAUUACCAUCACUAAAGACACCAAGGUUCCCAAUGCUGCCCUCUUCACUGUAAACAAGGAGGACCAUACCCUGGGCAACCUCCUCAGGGCGCAGCUGCUGAAGGACCCCCAGGUGAUAUUUGCGGGGUACAAGGUUCCCCACCCCCUGGAGCACAAGUUUGUGCUGAGACUACAGACCACACCUGACUACAGUCCACAGGAAGCCUUCACCAACGCUAUCACAGACCUCAUCAGUGAAGUCUCUCUUCUGGAGGAGAGAUUCAAGGUUGCAGUGAGAGAGAAGGAGGGAGUGGAGUGAUGAAGAAAGAGUCUACAAGUCCACAACCAUCUCUCAUCUCAACAAACUCCUGUGUCACUGAGCCAGUCUGGGAAACAUUGCAGUUGAGAAGAAUUGGGACCUGGACACAUUUAACAUGGCUUUCUAUGUAAAAUACAUUUCCUGUCCUAAUUUGCCUAUUUGCAAACAUUAUUUACUUCAACGUUAUAGCCACCAACACAAUGGUAACAUGGGGGAAAGGAGACUUCAUUGUUAACAUUAAUGUUAAAUUAAAUCCAAUAUCUGAGACAUAUUGUAUGUACGGUAUACUACUAGUAUCAUGAUACAAUAGCUAGGAUCGACUAUGAUGUUAAAACAGCAGGGUCUCAUCAAAAUGUGAUCAGUGGUAGGUCCUGUAAAUAGUUUUUUAGUGUUGGCCAUUCACAAUGUCAGAUAGUGACUUAUAGAUAUUGCCACCAAGAACUCAAGAUUUAAAAGUUUUGCUUAAUAUGUAUAAAAGUGCAGUUUUGUUAGUGUGAAGGGGGUAUCUCUCUGAAUCUUCAGUGUGUUGGUGGCGACACUGUGCUCAACAAAUUUCAUCAUUAAAAACAAGUCUUUUUACA